GAAGACACGCCCACGUAAUCUGUCAGCUGUUCAGUCCAAGAUGGCGCUGUCCUGUAGAGGGGUGUGCCGCGGAGCUUCACUGGUCUUACUGUACGGAAAACGACCUGUCGGGGUCAAAGCAAGCCUCUGCACGCCUAGACUCGUUUCCACAACAUCCAGUAGUUUGUGGUUUGUUAGACAUUACUCACCUUCACAAGCAAGACAUGGAAUUGGUCGAAGUGUAGUGUCCGGUCUGAAAUGGGCCAAUGAGAAAUAUGAGAGAUUCCUGCAACGUCGCUUUCCAAGAUUUUACGCUCUCUAUCACACUUUUAUGAGAGGUUUCCGACUCCUGUUUCAAGAUGGUAAGAAAGUGAGAAGAAUCGUAGUCUGCAUGCUCAGUGAAAAAACAGAUUACCAGAAUUUGCAUUACCGUGAUAUGGAGAAAAUCAGGCAGGUACGCAGGGACUUAAUCAAAGCCAUCCCAUUGGUCAUCUUAUCAAUACCUCCUUUUGCCAACUAUAUGGUCUUCAUCCUUAUGUACCUCUAUCCUCGCCAGCUUCUGAUCCGGCACUUCUGGACCCCACAGCAGCUGGUGGAGUUUCAGGGGGUGUAUCAUACCCAGAGAGCACAGCACCACUGGGCUAUAGUCAAAGGGCUAGAGAGCACGUCAACAUCUGUCCAAGACAGCCGCCUCAAAAGCCGCCUCAUGGAGCUCUGCAGUAAGGUCCGAAGUGGAGUCCAUCCUGUGGUGUCUGAUGUCCAUGCAGUGAGAACUUUGUUCUCUGGGCCUCCCUUGGGUAUCAGAAAAAUGUAUGCAGAUCAGACGAGGCACCUGUGUCCUUUGCUUUUCCUGACGCCCCGCCUCCCAGCCUUCUGGAUUCGUCGACGCUUGAAAAGCCACGCCUUAGAACUCAUGCAGCUUGACCGCGCCAUUGUUCGAUUAGGAGUGCACCAAUUAAAUGACGCGGAGCUCAGAGAGGCGUGUUACACGAGAGGACUGAAUCCUGACCGUCUGAGUCCCGGACAGUGCCGGGAAUGGCUCACACAGUGGUUGCAGUUCUCAACACACCUUAAAGAGUCAGAGACCUCCCUCUAUCUGCACUGUAUGGUGCUGCUCACUGUAAACUACACUAAACAGCCACGCCACUGACCACAGAAAGAAGUAGAUGACUUCUCUUUCUAAUGCCCAGUGCUGAAAAUCCACCAAAACACCCAAAGGCAAAACACCAUGGGAACAAACAGACUCAUGUUUGCAAAUCCAAGCAGGGCAAAACCUUUUCUUUUCUUUUUUUUACCAUGAGUCCUUUGGCUAUAGAUAGGACGGUCAUUGUCACUGAAAGAUGUCAUCGGGAUUCUGGAACUUGUGGAAUAAUUUCAUUAAUUUGUUUUCUUCCAUAUAGACAGGCUGUGUAAUUAGUGACGUACAUUUACACUAUGAGAGGUUCGAACCACAUCUGAGACAAAAAGCACACUGAACAGAUGCCAAAUGCAACCAUUUGGAAUUAAAACUCAUUGGUUUUAUCUUGAAAAAUUUUCAUUCUGAAUAUUUAUUCUGCUAACAAUAGCUGUAAUAAUUUACAGUCAUUCGUGAAUUUCGUUUUGAGGCAUUUUGUAACUUUGUUUAAAAUAUGCACUGACAAGUAUCACCUAUCACAUUUAUUUUUCUAAUGUCUCUCUCGGAUUGCUUAAAAUGUUUUACUAUAGAAAUCCCAUUUUUUGUGUUUUAAAUCAGAUGCCAGGACUGAAAAAGGAGUUUAAAGAAUUU